GUAGAAUUCAACAUGGAGGACGGCAGACGUUGCGCUUGGAACUGAAAACAUCGACAGAUUGACAGAGUGAUAUGAUCAGAGAAGACUUAAACAUUUAUUUAUAAAUUAAGAACUGACAGAAGGCGUCAUCAUGCAUGGUGGAGGCGGAAUGAUGCUUGUUAAUGGACAGGGAUACGGUUCAACAAAGAAAUAUGGAGCAGAUACAAAAUCAAAAAAUCAUUAUAUGGACAAUGUACGGCGAAUGAGACAAAUACAAAGAAAAAGUAAGGAACGAGAAGCAGAAAGCAACAAACCAGUAAAGGCAUUGUGGAAGUCUGAUAAAUAUCGUGAUAUUCAGUCCCGUGUGAAGGGUGACAUUGAGCGUGAACCAGAUGCACCUAGACCACACUCUGCUUGUUUCACCAGAGCUCAUUCUCGGUCAGGCCCAUCGGUUAAGUUUCCAUCUCGUCCUAGCACUCCAGAAGUUAAUGUACCUGAUGAAAAACUGACAGUUCCUCGUGCUAAUUCAGCUGUUGAUGUCAAGAUGACAAGGAAUAACUUUGACUUCAUAAAAAUUAAUGGUAUGAAUGCCAAAAGGGUUCCUAUAGUGAGGAGUCCAAGCCUCACAGCAUUAGACGACCUUAAGAAGAGCAGAGAUGAACAAUUUACACAGAAUCACAAAUUUGGAGAGGUUCCUAAAUACCUUCAAUCACGCAAAACACAAUGGAAAAAAGAGGAGGAGGAUCGUAUAGCUAACAUACCAGACCCAGAAAUGCCCCCUGGUCAUAGACAGUUACCAGAGACUGAGAGGCGUACAACACUGAAUCUGCUGAUAAAAAAGGAAGAAGAACUAGUGCGUGAAAUGUCGGCAUUGCCUUUAAGAAUGGACACUUUUAGAAUACGUUCACAAAAACAAGAAAUUGAGAAAAAACUUGCAGAAGUAGACGAGGCAAAAAAGAUAUUUUCCAGAUCAAAGGUGUUUGUGAAAGUGGACUGAUAGCAGGUUUUUGGAAUCAAUUUGUUUUGUACUUCAGUGUUAUUGAAGCCAGAAUUCUGUGUAGAUACAUGUAUUUAUUUUGUAGAUAAACUUGACAUUGUUAGAUUUUAUUUCGUACUCACAGUUUAUUUUCUAGAUCAGACAUACCAAGUGGAUGGCUAAUCACUUGCUAAAAAUGCUUGUAGACCUCCUAUCAGAUAUGCAUUCACUUUAGUUAGUACAAGUCUUAAUUAAUUUAGCAUUCCGUCCGUUAAAAUUUGAAGGACCAGGCAGGCUGUAGAUGUACUGUCUGUCAAAUCUUCCUGAGGUUUUACUUAAUAUCGUUUUGUCAUGGCUCAAGAUACUUAGCUAGAAUUAAGUAUAUGGCUGGUUAUUAACAAGUUACAGUAUCUUAUUCGACAUCCCACGCUUUUUUUUUCCUCGCCCUUUGAUUGUAGAAGUUUUACAAAAGUUCUUUUGUUUGUCAGGAUUUUUUCCUCAUGCCUACAAAAUAAUUACUCUUCUUUUACCUUCUGACGCAUGUUGCAUAUCAAAAUGUCUGUGGAAGUACUAACCUUAAACUUUUGGGCGUUAUUGAUUUUGUAUUAAAUCUGUUAAAACGUGAUUUUAUACCAUGUACUUUUGAUUUCUUUUCCAUAAUACAAAAGGGUAACAUCCUUAAAAAAUCCAUAUAGGAGGUAAAUGGUAGCAGUGCCAAUAUCUUGUGGGAGUCCCUAGGUGGCAUGCUCGUUAUUGUUUUGGUUUUUGUCACCUUGCAUUAGUUGCAUUAAUUUUUUUUUUGCCCAUUUCAAAUUUAGUCGGUGAAACUUAGUAAAAGUUGUUUUAAGUUACAGAUAAAAGACAAACUUUUUGUUUGAAAGGAUAAAAUAAGACUUUUUUAAUACUUCCAGGCUCUGAUGAAGACCAACAUCUUUGGUUUGGAGAAUAGUUGAUGUAAUAUUUUGAUAUUUUAGUGUCUCUCUUUUUAAUUGAAUCAUGUUGUAAUCAUUUCCUGACAUUACAUUGUUCUAUAAAUGUAUUGAAUGAAUGAUAAUGACCUUUAUUUUUGAUGCUGUACUGAUUUUGGAUGAGUACCAGUAUGUAUAGAUAUGUCCCCCAGACAUACGUAUAAUGUGCCUGUUAUUGUAGCUCUCCUUUGUAGACAUAAACAAAAUAGUAUACACUGUAACUAUUCUUACAUGGCAUGGGUAGUUGUAGCUCAACAUCAAAACAUCUUUUGGGGGAAAAACCCUGAAAGGAAUAAAUUAACUAAAUUGUUAGGUACUACUAGGGUUGGGGGAAAUGGAAAAUGUAUCUUCCUUUAUCAAUAUUACAUGUUAUCAAUACAAAGUAUGCUGAUUGAACCGUCCUGAUGUUGAUUGGAUGAACAUUGUUCUAGUAUUGUUUAAUUGCCUUGUUAAUAAUGAUGUUAAACUAUACAAUAAAAAUGUCAGUAUUUGAAGUUUGACCAAAAAGUCAGUUUUAAUAGUGAUCUUCAAUCAGUUGCAUUCAAACUUUUGUAUUCUAUUAAUACAUAUUACAUGUACACCAAGGAAUGAGGUAAGCAUGUGAUUGGUUGACAGAUUGUCUAGUUUACUUACAUACACAAUACUGAUUCAAAAGGAUCUGUACAGCAGAUGUUUAAAAAUUGGUCCUUGCUGAUGAAUCAACAAAAUUAAUUUUGGACAUGUAUAUCUUGGUGAGAGAAUUUGUAUAUAAUCCACAGUAACAGUGGUAAUUACAAACCAUUUGAUGUACAUUUCUGGACAAAAUGAACUUGUAUCAUUGUUAUGCUUUACUGAACUUACUUCUGAAUUCAUUCCAGAGUCUCUUAUUUUUUUGUAUAUUUUUCAGAAUCUUGUAUUCAUUGGUUGUUGACAGAGACCAACGAAUUUUAACAUGUUUUGUAUUGUUGACUUACUUACAGCAAAUCUAUUUCAUAAACAUUUCAUAUGAAAUAAAUGAUAUUAUAAGUAGAGAA